GCCGAGCAGCGCAUCAUCACCCGCUGCUCGUGCCCGUCUCGUACUUGCGCUCUGCGUUCUGCGCGCCCCCGUACAUGGUCAGAACGAGACUGUCAGAGGCCGCCCAUCGCAGUGCAGUGCUGAGCUGAAAUCGGCUGGUGUGGUGUGCCCGCGCGCGGCGGACAUGGGGCGCGCGCCGUGCUGCGACAAGGCGAGCGUGAAGCGGGGACCCUGGUCGCCUGAGGAGGACGAGCAGCUGCGGAGCUACGUCCAGCGCAACGGCAUCGGCGGCAACUGGAUCGCCCUGCCGCAGAAAGCAGGCCUGAACCGGUGCGGCAAGAGCUGCCGGCUGCGGUGGCUCAACUACCUGCGGCCGGACAUCAAGCACGGGGGCUACACCGAGGAGGAGGACCGGAUCAUCUGGUCGCUCUACAGCUCCAUCGGCAGCAGGUGGUCCAUCAUCGCGUCCAAGCUCCCGGGCCGGACCGACAACGACGUCAAGAACUACUGGAACACCAAGCUCAAGAAGAAGGCCAUGGCCAUGGCGGCGGCGGCCGGCCUCAGCGCCAGUAGCAGCGGAGGAGGAGCCUUCGCGGCGGCGGCGGCGCCCGCCACGCCGACGCCGCCGGCGCUCUCGCCCGCCUCCUCGUCCGUCACCAGCUCCAGCGGCGACGUGCGCUUCGGCGCGGCGUACACGGAACCACAACCGCAGCCGCAGCACCCCGGCGGGCUCAUACGCUUCGACGCGCCGCGGACGGAGCUCGCGCCCGUGCCGCCGGCAGUGGGAGCGCAGCUGGACGGCGCCUGGUCGACGCCCGUGGCGCCGGCGCUGGACGGCGGGGACGUGUUCCUGCCCGAGCUCAUCGGCGGCGGCGAGCAGCUGUUCCCGUACGGCGGCGACUUCUUCGGCGGGCUGCUGCAGGACAGCAGGGCCCUGGAGCAGCUCUCGGCGUGCUACUUCCCCAACAUGGCCGAGAUAUGGGGCGCCACCGCUGCCGUCGCCGCCCCCGACGGCAACUGCAAGCCGCCGGGUCUCUGCAACACCCUGACAUAGGAAGGAGAUCGACGCCGAAAUCGAGCCCCGUAGAGGUCACGGGAUUGUUGCGCGGAAACAUCGAUUUAAUUGGUACACGCUUGUAUGCUCCAUUGAUUCAUCGUUCUUGGACGACGACUGCAGGAGUGCAAGCUAGAAUAGUUACUGCUCGAUCUCCUCCCCUUUGUGCUCUUGCCUGUUCUUGCUUCUUUCUUCUUUUUUUUUUUGCCCCCUCUUCCUUCUCGCGUGGACAUUAGGACGAUGUAGCGGGUAUUUUGCUGUGUAUUAUUACAUAUAUAUACAUGUAAAUUACUUAUUACUACAGUGGUACGAUUGGUACGCUUGCUCCA